CACGUAACUUUAGUUGAGUGGAGGUUUAAGCUAAUUCUUAGUUGAUAUUACUUACUGCAAUUAUGCCUUUAAGACUCGAUAUCAAAAGGAAGUUGACAGCCAGAUCUGACAGAGUCAAGUGUGUUGACUUACAUCCAUCAGAACCAUGGAUGUUGGCUUCUUUAUACAAUGGAAACGUUCAUAUUUGGAAUCAUGAGACCCAGCAGCUAGUAAAGUCUUUUGAAGUAUGCGACCAACCAGUUCGUGCUGCAGUAUUUGUUCCUCGCAAGAACUGGAUUGUAACAGGGUCAGAUGAUAUGCAGAUCAGAGUUUUUAAUUACAAUACUCUUGAAAGAGUAAAUGCAUUUGAAGCUCAUUCAGACUAUGUCAGAUGUAUAGCAGUUCACCCAGCCCAUCCUUAUAUUCUGACAUCAUCAGAUGAUAUGUUAAUCAAAUUGUGGAAUUGGUCUAAGGCUUGGGUCUGCCAACAAAUAUUUGAAGGACAUACCCAUUAUGUAAUGCAAGUUGUUAUAAAUCCAAAAGAUAAUAAUACAUUUGCAUCUGCUUCAUUAGAUCGGACUGUUAAAGUUUGGCAGUUAGGCUCUGCUGCUCCAAAUUUUACUUUAGAAGGUCAUGAAAAAGGAGUUAAUUCUGUCGAUUAUUAUCAUGGUGGUGACAAACCUUAUCUCAUAUCUGGCGCCGACGAUCAUCUUGUAAAAAUAUGGGAUUAUCAAAAUAAGACUUGUGUUCAAACCUUAGAGGGCCAUGCCCAGAAUAUUACUGCAGUUUGUUUUCACACUGAACUACCUAUUAUAAUAACUGGGUCAGAAGAUGGAACUGUUCGAUUAUGGCACUCAGCAACUUACAGAUUGGAAUCAUCUCUUAACUAUGGCCUAGAACGUGUUUGGACUAUUGCGAGGCUGAAAGGAUCAAACAAUAUAGCUCUUGGAUAUGAUGAAGGGAGUAUCAUGGUCAAGAUAGGACGUGAAGAACCAGCAAUUUCAAUGGAUGUGAAUGGUGAAAAAAUAGUUUGGGCCAGACAUUCUGAAAUUGAACAGGUAAACUUGAAGCAAGUUUCAGGAGAAGUAAGAGAUGGCGAACGUCUUGCUUUAGCUCCAAAAGAAAUGGGACCAUGUGAAAUAUAUCCUCAAAGUAUUUCACAUAAUCCAAAUGGAAGAUUUGUCGUUGUUUGUGGAGAUGGUGAAUACAUAAUUUAUACUGCUAUGGCUUUAAGAAACAAAAGUUUUGGAUCAGCCCAAGAAUUUGUAUGGGCACAAGAUAGUUCUGACUAUGCUAUAAGAGAAGGAACAUCUACUGUAAAACUAUUUAGACAGUUCAAGGAGCGCAAGACACUUAAGCCAGAGUUUGGUGCUGAAGGUAUAUUUGGUGGACAAUUGCUUGGUGUCAGAUCAGUCUCAGGAUUAUGUUUAUAUGAUUGGGAAACUCUGGAAUUAAUCAGAAGAAUAGAAAUUCAGGCAAAAUCUCUCCAUUGGUCUGAUUCUGGACAUCUUCUUGCUAUUGUGACGGAUGAUUCUUAUUAUAUAUUGAAGUAUGAUUCAUCCGCAAUUGCCAGUGCUCAAGAGAGAACUCCUGAUGGUGUUGAAGCUGCAUUUUCUCUUGUCGGAGAAGUAAAUGACACAGUAAAGACAGGUUUGUGGGUUGGCGAUUGUUUUAUUUACACCAAUGCUGUCGGGCGAAUAAAUUAUUACGUUGGAGGAGAAAUAGUGACUGUUGCUCACUUGGAUUGCACUAUGUACCUGUUGGGAUAUGUUGCUAGGCAAAAUCUUUUAUACCUUUCUGAUAAACAUCACAAUAUUGUUUGUUAUACAUUAUUACUUUCUGUUCUUGAAUAUCAAACAGCUGUUAUGAGAGGAGAUUUUGAAACAGCUGACCGUGUGUUGCCAACAAUUCCAGUUCAGCAUCGUUCCCGAGUAGCCCACUUCUUGGAAAAACAGGGCUUUAAAAAAGAAGCUCUGGCUGUAUCUACUGAUCCAGAACAUAAAUUUGAAUUAGCUCUUGGACUAAAAGAGCUCGAUACGGUUGUUCAGUUAGCUGAGGAAAUAGGUAGCACAGCCAAGUGGGGUCAAGCCGCUGAAUUAGCAACAAGACAAGCCAGGCUUGAUGUUGCGCAAGCAGCUCUUCACAGAGCCCAACAUUAUGGUGGACUUCUGCUUCUCUCCACAUCAGCAGGAAAUCGGGAAAUGAUGGAAAAACUAGGAAAGAGUUCAGGAGAAAAUGGAAAAAAUAAUGUUAGCUUCCUUGCAUAUUUUCUUCUUGGAGACCUUGCCAAAUGUCUUCAAAUUCUUAUUGACACUGAUCGCAUUCCAGAAGCUGCCUUUUUUGCCAGGACAUAUUUGCCGAGUGAGGUUCCUCGAGUUGUUGGGUUAUGGCGAGGUUUAGCAAAGGCAGGACAGAGCCUUGCAGAUCCUUCGCAGUAUCCUAAUCUCUUUCCAGGUUAUGCAGAUGCUUUAAAAACUGAACAGUAUUUAGCUAAAGAAUCCUGUGUGACUAAACCAGCUUCUUAUCAUAAAAAUAUUAAGCCAAACCACGAAAGGCAGCCUAUAGAAGAAAUGAAAGUUGCCGAGAAGGAGGGCAAAUUCCUCUACAUUCCCAUAAAAUCUGAAGAUGGCUCUCACAAAGAUAACACUAACAAUGAAGUCAUAACUGAAAAAGAAGAACCUACAGCACUAAUCAAAGAAACAAAAGAAGACUUUUCUAAGCAGCAGAAACCUGCUGACUAUGAUGAUGAUAUAGAUCUCGAAAUCGAGACUAUGAAUUUGGACGAUAUUGACCCAAGUGAUUUGACUUUGGAUGAAGAUCUUCUCAACGAUUAAUAUAUGUAUGGCUCAGCAAUAAGUAUUUCAAAUGUUCCAUUAUGCAUUGAUAUAAUCAAAGGGAAUAUAAUUAAGUUAAAAGCCUAUUGUACAUAUUUCAAAUUACC